GUGGGGGGCAGGCUGGGGGCGGGGGAGGCCAGGGCUCCUGUGAGGAGCUUCCUGGCUGAGGCGACCCAGAGCCCAUCUCCUUUGCUGGCCCCAGGCCCUGGCGGUUCCCUUGUCCUGGCUGUGCCCUGGCUCCUCAUGGAAGGGGCUGGUGGCUCUGCCCAUGGCCAGGUGGCCCCAUCCCUCAUUCCCAACCUCAGUGGCAUCCCUAGGCCCAGCCUGGCAGCGGCCCCUGCACACCUGCUGCUGUGUCCGUAUUCACUGGGCAGGAGGGCUCGGCAAAGCUAGGGACUGAGCGAGCUUCCCGCUCGGCUGGUACUGUGCAUGUGCUACCCUAGCUGCUCUGUCUUAUGCCAGGGUCUUGCUGCUGUUUGGACAGGUAUCCAAGAUGCCAGAGGGCCCCGAGCUGCACCUGGCCAGCUGCUACAUCAACACGGUAUGUGCAGGGCUUAUCUUCUCUGGGAAGGUGGAGAAGUCUGAAGUGAGCAAGAACCCCGAGGUGCCGUUUGAAAGCGACGCGUACGUGAUCUCCGCCGUCUCCCGGGGCAAGGAGGUCAAGCUGACCCUGAUGCCCCUCAAAGAGGAGAACAAGGUGCUCACCGGCAGAGAGAGGGGCAGGGCAGGGCAAAGCCAGAACGGACCUCAGCAGCCCAUGGAUGUAGUUUUCCGCUUUGGGAUGUCGGGCAGCUUCAAGUUCACCCCCGAGGCUGAGCUGCCCAAACAUGCCCACCUGCGGUUUUACACCAAGGAGAGCCCGCGCCGAGCCCUCUGCUUCGUGGAUUUCAGGCGCUUUGGGAGGUGGGAAGUGGACGGGACGUGGCAGCUGGACCGAGGGCCAUGUGUGAUGCUGGAGUACGAGAAAUUCAGGGAGAACGUGCUGAAGAAUCUGUCUGACAAGGCUUUCAACAAGCCCAUCUGUGAAGCCCUGUUAAAUCAGAAGUUUUUCAAUGGGAUUGGCAACUACCUCCGAGCUGAGAUUCUCUACAGGUUAAAGAUCCCUCCCUUUGAGAAGGCACGGACGGUGCUAGAGGCUCUUCAGCAUCCAAAGCAGAGCCCUGGCCUGACCUUGAGCAAGAAAGUGAAGCUAAAGCGGGAGAAUCCAGACCUGCUGGAGCUCUGCCACGUGGUGCCCAUGGAGGUCGUUCGCAUGGGAGGGAAGGGCUAUGGCCCGGAGCACUCGGACGACAGCGCUGCCUUCGAGGCAUGGCUGCAGUGCUACUAUGUGCCUGGCAUGCGGUCGCUGCGCGAUGGCAAUGGCAGGACCAUCUGGUUUCAGGGGGAGCCUGGACCUAUGGCCCCGAAAGGAGAAAAGUCCCGCAAGAAGAGCUCACGUGUGAAAGCUGACCCCGAGCCUCCGAAUCCAAAGGUCACAAAGCCGGCAGCCAAGAGAAGGCCGAAGAGCAGCAGCUGCCAAGAGAAGGGAGUAACUCGAUCUGGCAGGAAGAAGGGGAAAGAGCUGGUCCCAGGAGCUGAGCAUGGCAAGGCAGCUGAAGCAAGAGAGCCCAGCACCAGGCCCAGAAGGAAAGCGGCAGCCAGUCAAGAGCCGCCCGCGAGGGAAGCUCCUGCUGCAGCUGCGAAGAGGCGGGUGCCGGCUCGGAGGAGCGCAGGAACAGCUGCUGCUGCCACUAGGUCCAGGCGGGUGAAGGCUGAAUGACUGGUCUGGCCGGGCGUCUGCCCUCGCUCCUGCCUGGAGUAACUCACUUGCUACUGCUGCAUGUGCUGGGGGAACGCGCUGGGAGCAGCUGCUGGGGUGACUGAGGCGGACGUGCCCGCCGUACUCUGCUUCGCUCCUUCUCGGAGGUGGUUCGCUGCGGGGGCUCCAAGCAACCGCCACAAGAGCCCCUACCCCGCAAAAUGGCCGGAAAGCUGCAGCAUCAGCCUCCCUGCUCGGUUACGGGUUUUUAUUCUGCAGCUGUUUUUAUUGCCCUGGCUGGUCCCAGGGUCUCUGCCCUUUGCUCUGCAGGAGGGCUGAGCGUGGCAGAGCAGCAGCGUUUUAUCGUGUGUGGCGGCAGAGGCUCAUCUGAAGAGGGGAUCGCUUUGUUCCCAUGUGCAGUCUUGGGGCAGUGGCCGUGCUCGUCUCCAUCUUGCUGUCCCCACUGAUGUCCCUGAGCACAGGAGGGGAAGGGAAAAGAAGGCAGGACAGCCAAGGUGGCUCUUCUCAGAACUGGGGAUGUGCCGACGCCUGGCUGCUGUGUGGAACGAGUCCCUCGAUCUGGGCUGCCCGGAGAGCAAUGCCCUGAGGUCACAGGCUCAGCCGCUGGGCCAGCCUCUCCAAGGCGGACGUGCGCCACCCAGCUGUCAGUGCUUUUAGUCAUUGGAUUUUAGUGUGAACAAUAAAACCUUUCCCUAAACCAGGGGUCUCCAACCUUUCUAAGCAGGAGAUCACUUUCACCGGGUUGGGAUGCAGGCUGUUGGAUUAAGGGAUCUGGAGUGUGAGAGGGGCAGGCAGUUGGGAUGUAGGAAGGGUUCUUGGUGCAGGCUCUGGGAUGGUGUUUGGGGCGUGAUGUGCGGGAAGGGGUUCGUGACUGGGGCAGGAGUUCGGGAUGUGGGCACUGCUUACCUCAGGUGGCUCCUGGGUGGUGGUGUAGUGGGGAUAAGGCAGG